GCAACGGUAGCAACAGAAGAUCAGCGAGCCUACAAGUUUGACAGCAUUACGGCUGCGCUCUACCAAAUCCGUCAUGUUCAGACCAGUUGACAAUGAAGACCGAAAAGCAAGAGAACCGCCUAGAACGAAAAAAUUCCCUAUGCGGCCAUUUAGAGGGUUACAAUUCGGUGAACUGAAAAAAACCGAAAUCCUGAUGAAAGAAGACCUAAUCGCUAUCAAAGCAAAGCUAGUAGCAACAGAGGCUGAAAAACGAGAUCUAGAAGAAACUCUCGAGAAAGCACAAGACAAAAUUCAAACACUUUGUAACGAUAUUGGGUCUCUUCAGCAAGACCAAAAAAAUCAAUUGGAUCGACAAGAGAACAGGCACAUAGCGGAGAUAGAAGAAAUUGGCAUAGUCAAUGCAGCUGAAAUAGAACGGCUUACUAAACAAAUCGAGAAACUUACAAUCACGAGAAGAUGCUCUUUGCAGUAGAGCGACCGACUACGACUUGCAUUGGUGAAAAUUUCAUGAAUGACCUGCUGUACCAAUGUUCUACGAGCAACACGAGAUAUUAAGAUUUGGUUGGACAAUAACAAUUGUCUUUGAUAUGAAACAUGAGAUGGGCGAAUACACAAAAAUACAAGUCGAUGUACAGCAGCA